AUAACCACUGUGUGUUGUUGGCUUAACAGCCUUUUCUGAUUGGCUGAAUUCAAACACAGAUGGUUUUCUUGGUUUGAAAUACUGGCCGGUACACAUGUUGGAAAAUAUACAGGUUAAACUUGUUGUUAAAAUGAAAUUAAAUUAAUUUCACAAACAGUAGAGAUGAGUUAUUCCAUUACCAACAAUUUCUUAAAAUAAUAAUGUAUAAUUGAUAUCAUUUGGAUAGUGACAUGAAGUGUUGUUAAAGAGUGAUGAAUACAGUGUUUCAGCAGUCUGUCUAGGAAUAGAACAACAACUGAAGCUUGAUGGCCGACUUACAGAGCAUUAGCAACAGUUUCAGCAGCAACUUCUCCAACAGCAGCAACUUCUCCAACAGCAUCAACCACUGCAGCAGCGAAAACAACAACUCCAGCAGCACUCAACCCAGCAGCAGCAACAACCACCCCAGCAACAACAACCGCAGCAAAAACAAAUCCAGCAACAACAACCAGAUCCUCAACCAGAUUGUCAAGACCUGCCUGUCAACAGGACAUAAUUAUGGCCCAGCUGCUAUUAGACAUCACUGGCAUAACAGAUGCCAGUAAGGCUGCAAAGAAGUUGUUUCGCCACCUGUAAAGGGAGGAGUGAAAUAAAACGAAGGACUGUGAAACACUGGAGUACUUGAAAUAUUCUGUUUUGUUAAUAGUGUAUAUAUCCAUUGUCUUCUUCAAAUAAUAAAUUGUUAUACAUUA